GUUUUACAAAUUUCAUACUGUAAUUUAAGCCAAUCACAAUCUCGUGCACAAUAAUCAAUAUUGAGAAUGAGUGAAUACAAAAAAUCAGAUUUCACCACAUCGAACUUUCUUUACAAGAAAAUCAAAACAAUGUAUGAGGUGCUUGGCAUUACAACAACCAGUUAUACUUCAAAUACAAAAAUAGCACAGUAGCAUGAAGUUGCUAAUAGGGAAGUAAAGGUUUGCAUUGCAGUGUAAUUCUAAAACAAUUCAUCAAACUACAGAAUUUUCAAGAAACUUUUACAUGCACAUAUUUUAUGCUUGAUAUAUUAACCCAUAUUAGUGUUGGAACACAAGCUGCUGCCAGCUAACAACUGUCUUCCAAGGACAAGUUCAAUGUGGCAAAUAACAUUGCUGCUGAGAUAAAUCGGCCAAAGGAUGGAUGGAAAAGGAGAGUACACCUUUCCCACAGAGACAAAGUAUGAGGGAGAGAUGAAAGAUGGCAUGUUCCAUGGCAAAGGAGUGCUACACUUUUCAAAUGGAAGUAAAUAUGAGGCCACCUGGAAAAACGGCAUAGCUAAACAGGGGUCAUUUACCUUUGCUGAUGGUCUUCAGUACCAGGAGAAGGACUGGGACUACUGUGAUGGUUACGACAGGCGCUUCUACAGUGAGAGGUGCAAUGGACUCAGACCUGCAGGAGAAUCUCAGCUAACUGAUCUGCAUCCGCCACGUCUCAUUCCUGAUGGAUGCUACGAUUGUGGAGAUGGUUUCUAUGACCCCAAUACCAGAGUCGUCACUUCCCACGCUGGCAGAUUCCUCAGGAAUGCAGAUGACUCGGAACACGAGUGGAUUGCGCGGACUUGUCGGAAAGCUUGGGAUGAGGUUGCUGGCGUUGAUCCUGAAAAGUCUGUUGCAACAAUUCCUGAAGAGACCAGCAAUAUCAACUGAAAUUAAUUUUACUUUAUAGCCUAUUAAAACUACAGGAUAUGUUUAUUUUUUUUGUCUUGUGGGCUAUUAUAUGUCUGACAAAUACUGAAAGAAAAACAUGUUUCAUAUUACUAUA